AUGGGUGCAGCAUAUACAAUCUUUGGCAAACAAGUACCUUCCUAUAUUGUACGUGAGACGCAGUCCCAACUUUUUUUUUUUUUUUGAAUGCAAUUGCAAGUGAUUGAUUGACGAAUGUGAGAGAGACUAACGAGAAACACCCAGCUUUCACUCGCUACCCUUGGUUCGGUUGCCGCAGUAGCGAUUGUGCCCCAGUUUGUCGGAAGCAAAGAGACACAAGCAGCCGCAGCAGCAGCUCCUGCUGCCCAAACGAAAGAAGAUGAUUUUGAUUUGGAAAAGUUGCUCAAGUAUGUAUUGCCACCUCCACCGCCUGCUCAAAACAUCCGCCGACUGUUGUUACUAACCGAGCUUCUUUUUCUUAUUUUCCCCUGUAGCGACUUGACGAAAGAAGAAACUAAAUAG